CACGAUUCGUAGAUCUAUGUCGCUUCUGUUCAUGGGCCCGCUGUGGCUGUCGGAGGCGGCGGCGUUUGGAUGGGGAGCCUGAUGGAGGGGCUCUCGCCUCCUCAGACGGACUGGGAAGAUCGAGGCCAGCCCCAGGCGCCUCUCUGGUGAUUUGCCUCGGAUUUUCCAUGCUCUUUUAUUCAUGGGACGACUUCAACAAAAAUUAUUUCAAAAUGAUAACAAAUAUUAUCAUCUUGAGUGUCCUGAUUUGCAUUUCCUUAUCAUUUUGGAUUGUGUCCAUGACUGCAAGUACUUAUUAUGGUACUUUGCGACCUAUUUCUCCAUGGCGAUGGCUUUUCUCAAUCUUAAUUCCAUUAACCAUUGCUUCGAGAGGAUUUAAGAAAAAGAGUCUUGAUCAUGGAGGAGCACUGGGAGGUUUAAUAGUUGGAUUUAUCCUCACAGUUGCAAAUUACAGCUUCUUCACUGCCAUGCUUAUGUUUUUCAUCACUUCUUCCAAACUGACCAAGUGGAAAGGAGAAGUAAAGAAGCAAAUAGACCCUGAAUAUAAAGAAGGUGGACAGAGAAAUUGGGUGCAAGUGUUCUGCAAUGGUGGUGUACCUGCAGAACUGGCUCUGCUGUACAUGAUUGAAAAUGGACCAGGUGAAAUUCCAGUAGACUUUUCUAAACAGUAUACUGCAUCCUGGAUGUGUCUGUCCCUCUUGGGGGCUUUAGCCUGCUGCGCUGGAGACACGUGGGCUUCAGAAAUCGGCACUGUCAUGAAUCAGGAACCGCGGCUAAUAACAACCUGGAAAAAGGUUCCAGUAGGUACCAAUGGCGGUGUUAGUUUAAUAGGCCUGAUCUCCAGUGUGCUUGGUGGCACAUCUGUAGGCGUAGCUUAUUUCAUCUCCCAGUUGAUUUUUGUCAAUGACCUGGAUAUUUCUGCGCCACAGUGGCCCAUUAUUGUGUUUGGUGGACUGGCUGGUUUACUAGGUUCUAUCAUUGAUUCUUAUUUAGGAGCAACAAUGCAAUACAGUGGUUUUGACACUCAUACAGGAAUGGUUGUCAACCAUCCGACCAAAAGCGCAAAGCACAUAUCUGGAAAACCUAUCCUGGAUAAUAAUGCAGUGAAUCUCUUCUCCUCUGUAGUCAUUGCUUUGUUGCUGCCUGGAGCAGCAUGGGGAUUUUGGCCAAGAGGUUGAAGUUGAUAUAUUGACUCCUAUACGUUUUAUUCAAAGAAGCUGUGAUUUACAAGAUUCUUCACAAGGCACUUUUAUAACUGUGGGCUGGACUAUUUCCUGCAACACUUCUGGAGGAAUGAGGAAUCCUUAGAUAAUUAUUCCUGCAGUGUGUGCAGAUAUUCUAAGCAAAGUGGAGUGAACGAAGUGGUGCUGAUUUGAUAUCACUUCUUUUGUGUUGGAAUUCUUGCUUGAAUGAUUAUGACUUUGAUGGUUAUGAUUUUGUCUUAGCUCAUUCCCCAUAGUCUGACAGGCAAGGAAAUAAGGCAUCAAGGGAAAAGGUUAACUCCUGGCAGAGUACUGCUGUAUUUGUGAAGUAAAGCAAUGGAUCUUAACCUUUUACAAGUCUUUUAAUAUGUAUUUCUUUUGUCGGAUGUGGUAGGCACACUUGGAGAAUUUGUCGGCUUUUGUUGUUUUGGCAAAAGUGGCAGCACAGUAUUUAAACGUCAGUUGAAUAAAAUUGAAAUAUUUUAGGGUUUUUUGAGGAGUACAUUGGCAAAAGAAUGGCUCUUGUAAGCAUGUGUACUAUUGUUAGCAGUGCCAUGCAAUCUUACAAUAAUAUUACGGAUGUCCAGAAUUUAGAUAUUUAAUUUAUUUAAUUUAACAUCUGAUAUUUAGAAUAUUUGUUUUGGCCAGUGCCUAUAGUUGAUGGUUUUUCUCCUGGCCAUAUUCAAAUGAUAUUAUUUGCAUUAAUUGUUGUUGUUUAUGAAAAGAGUUGCUGUGGUGUUUUAAAAAACAAACAGUUAUGAUGACUUGUAAAUUCAUUUUGGUCUGCAAGAAACACAGAUAUUGCUUGAUCACAUGAAUUGUACAGUGUAAAAGUGUUUUUCUGGGUUUACAUAAGAAACAAAGAUGAGUUGGGAUAAGAAUUAUACAAUACUUCAGUGUAAGUGAAUGCAGUAUAUGACUUCAAAUAGUACAUUUGUAUAUCUGUAAGCUUAAUUUCCGACACAGUAAAAAUGCUUUGUUAUACUUUUUGUUCAUCUGGUUUGCAAAUAGUUCUGUAUUCCAUUACUUUACAUUUGAGAUUUGACUGAGGUUUUUUAUCAACCAAGUAUGCAAACACAUUGAAUCUGGCAUUCAUACUGAGGAAGCAGAGACUACAAAGAGGGUCUUGUCUGCAGAUUGCUUUGAAAUUGAAGUUUAUACUGAUGUUGUCUAUAUCUUCAAAAAGCAGUUCCUUCUGAGAGAUCCCACAGUCAAUCAGUGCAAGUCAUUUUACUAAGGUGAAAAGAUAUAUUGCACAGUAUUUUUAAAAUCUUCAUCAGGAAAAUAUUGAAUGCCUUGAAAUGCAUUAUUCCAUGUGACAGACCCAUGGUUUCUGUGAAACAUUCAAAGUAAUGAAAUUUCAACAGGGUUGAUGAAACAUGAGGAGUGUGCAGACGAUAAAUGGUAUGUCAUCCCCAGCUGUUCUUGAUAUUCAGAAGCACCCCCAAUAUAUUGGGGUGUGAUUUCAUAUCCCUCAGACAAUUCUAGGUUCAGUAGAGGCCUUUUUCUACACAGGAAGAAAAACAAAUCAACAUCCCAUAUAUUUCCUGGCUAUGAAAGCCCUGUCCUAAAGUCAAAAUAGCCUUGGAAGGCAUAAACAUAGAAAAAGGGAGAUAGGAGAGCAUUUCUAGUCAAAAUUGUGUGCCCUGAUCCCUGGAAGUUUCCUAACCCUAGUAUAAAUAUUGCUACACUUGAGAGAAGAAAGUGAAUAAAAUAUUUGAAAGCAAUAUUUUCAUUGCACUAGUAUUGCCUCAUAGCUUUUCUGAAAAGUAGGUUCCUCCUGAUAAGAUGGAGAAAGAAUGAAAAUGAGAAAUAAGAGAGAGCUAGAAGACAAGAAGAAAUUGAUGAAACAGGAAAGGUGCAGGCAGAGUGUUGUCUCAUGAGAUAAAGGAAGUAUGGUGGUAAGAGCAAGUUAUAAAGGCAAGGAUAUCUAGAUUGAAAGAUUAAAUGUCGAAGGGGAACUUUCACAUUAUAUAAAAGAUAAAAAACACACUGGAAUAUUUUAUGUCUUAUGUCCUUAUAAUAAAUGACUUGAUACCCAUA